AUGCAAGCAAGUUUAGGCCAAGACCGUAGCGGAGAUGAUGUGUGGAGUAAGUGGCUCUGAAGUUGUCUAAUUAAAUCUGGAGAUAUUCCUUCCAUAAAGUAAAAUUUUGGGUAUUUUUAAAACAUGUUAAUAUAUAAAAUCUUCACUCAUUUGCUUUUUCACGUGUUAAUAAUUAGUGUGUAUUUUUACACAAUGACCAAUUUAGAUGGUGUUUAGGUCUAUCAUUUGGUGUUUAGGUCUAUCAUUGUUGUCACAUUCAAUUAAAAAUAGUCUACAUUUGCCUUUGACAAAUAAAUCUAAUGUCAUUAAACACAAUCAAUUUACAAAGUUAGGGCACAUAACAGCUUCUAGAUUGUAAAGUUUGUCCUGGUGCAAAAAUGAUACUUGACAAUCUGGAGCAGGUUAAUGAGUUAAAUCUUACAUUUAGAUGUGGCAACAUGGAAAUCGGACAUAUCAUCAAAGGUCUCAUUUAUACGUCAAAAUCUGAAAAAGCAAGUUGUUGCUUCCUCAUGGAAACACACAUUGAAAACCCAAGAGUUGUAUUUUGUUACCGUGUUGAAACGAUCGAACCGCUUUGAUCUCUCGGAAGAUGACAUCGACAAUGUUGAUGUUAUUGUUGAGAUUGUCGAUGAGUUUAUAUUUAACGAAGGCAAGGAGCUGUCAGCCAUGCAAGAGCUGCAGUUGUUGGAGAUAUUGUGCAGUCAUUUUCAAGCACAUGACGAUGAUGUCGGGAGAUGUCUACAGUUUGCCACCAUGUUUAAUUUAAGUCCACAUGAUGAGAUGAAG